AUGAGUUCUUACAAUCCAUUCAGUCAGUCCUCUAGUUAUUUAGAGCUUCUCAACAGUCAAGGAGAGUCACUUAACCAAGAAAACUCUCCUUAUGAGAGUUUUCCACCACCUGGCGACAAUGGUGCUUAUGAAAUACCUCCUUGGAGCUCUCAACAAUCCCAGGAUGUACCACUUUCUCAAGAGACACCUGUCAGGAAGGAUAGGAAGAAAUGGAAUCCGGCUGACGAUGAAAUUCUUAUCAGUGUGUGGCUGAACACUUCAAAGGACCCGAUUAUUGCAAAUCAACAAAAAGGAGGAAGCUUUUGGCAAAGGGUUAUAAAAUACUAUGCAGAGUCUCCUCAUUCUAUAGUCAAUGGUGAACAGGGGCUGAACAUAAACUGUAAGCAGAGGUGGUUCAAGGUCAAUGAGUUCACUAACAAGUUUUGUGGGGCUUAUGCAGCUGCAGAGAGACUAAACAGUAGUGGACACUCUGAGAACGAUGUGUGA